AUGCACGCAAGAAGACGCCAUUUUGGGGGAAGAGGAAUAGAUGGAGAAAGUGUUCAAGGUGGAGAUGCUGGUACAAUGAGAGAUUUUGAAGGCAAUAUGGGUCAUGCUGGCAGAGUGACUGGACAAUGGAAGCACGGUAGAAGACGCCAUUUUGGGGGAAGAGGUGGAGGUGGUAUAGAUGGAGAAAGUGUUCAAGGUGGAGAUGCUGUCGGGGGAGGUACAAGGAAUAGACAAGGAUCUGAAGAGACAGACGGCGGUGUCUCAGGAAGUCAUCAAGGUGUCGGUGUAGUCUCGGGUAGUUUUCAAGGAAAUGGAGGCGCUGUCGAUGAUAUCGAAGGGAGAGAGGGAAGAGGUGUAGGAGCAUCUGCAGAAGGUAGAUUCACAGGUCAUGGAGGCCAAGGACGUGCACGUGGCAAACAUCAAUCAAUACGUGGUUCCAGAAGGCACCGCAGGAUGCACGGAGGACGAGGUAGAGGUGGCAUGGGUCACUCCGGCCGAGUAACUGGGCAAAGGAAGCACGUUAGAAGACGCCAUUUUGGGGGAAGAGGUGGACGAGGAAUAGACGGAGGUGUUCAAGGUGGUGAUGCUGUCGGGGGAGACUCAAGGAAUAAACAAGGAUCUGAAGAGACAGACAACGGUGUCUCAGGAAGUCAUCAAGGUGUCGGUGAUGUCUUGGGUAGUUUGCAAGGAAAUGGAGACGCGGUCCACGGUAUCGCAGGGAAAGUUGGAGAAGGUGCAGGAGCAGCUGCAGAAGGUAGAUUCGCAGAUCAUGGAGUACAAGGACGUGCACGUCACAAACAUCAAUCAAAACGCGGUUCCAGGCGGCACCACGGGAUGCACGGAGGACGAGGUAGAGGAACACAUGGCCAGAAUCGGAGGGCGCACGGUUGGGGAGGUACAGGAAACGAUGUUGAAGGUGACAUGAGUCACGCCGGCCGGAAAAAUGGGCAAAGGAAGCACGCAAGAAGACGCCUUUUUGGGGGAAGAGGUGGAAGAGGAAUAGAUGGAGAAAGUAGCAGAAGAAAUGAAGGAAGCGUGGAUAAUGGAGGCGAUUAUGAAGGUUAUGUAGAUUAUGGCAAUGGAGGAAGAAAGGGGGAGCAAGGUGAAGGACGACACGCCGGAGGGAGAAGCGUAGCAGAAGGGGAUGGAGCAGACAUGGUUGAUGAAAAUAGUUAUGAGAAUAACGUGAAGUUUGGCGGUGGAGGAAGAAGGGGGAGGGGAAGAGUCAUGGAUACUGAUGACGAUAAGAAUUUUGAUAAAGGCAAUGGUGGAGAAGAAAUGGACAUGAUAAAUAGUAGAGGAAGACACGAUGGAAGAGUCGGAGGACGAGGGACACACGAUAGUAAAGGUGGUGUGAGAGGUGAAAGCGUGGAGUUUACCCAUCGUGAUGGAGAAGGUGGUCUGGGAAGAAGAGGUGGGAGAAGAGGCUAA